AUCCUUCACCAGACAACGUCGACAAGUUCUUUGCACGAAACUGAACAGUCGGUAUUUCCUAGCGAACAGUCCGAGAUGCCGCUAUUGAAUCUGCCCUUGGAGGUUUUUGAGGAAGUGAUUGCGGCUCUUACGAAGAAGGUUGGGCAACGAAGUGUCGUACGGUAUCGACUCAUCAGCAAAACAUUCGCAAAUACAAUCAAAAACCAGAUCCUUGCAGCCAUCGAUCCCACAAACCUCGCCAAAUUCUUGCACAACACUUCCUCCGCUCGUCUUUUCGAAAAGUAUGGUGGCGAGAUCCUUCACAAGUUCGCUAUGAGCCCUCGAACAACAAAAAACCAAGUCGUUGACUUUGUCCGGGGUUUAGCCAAAGCAACUGAACCAGACACUGCACUUUACGCUGCGCGAGUGAUGGUCCUGUGCAUAAGUACGACGGCUAUAGAGCCAAGAUACCUGUGUGCCUACAUAAAGGGAGUCGAGAUUGUCAACAAGGAGAAGCGACCAUGCUCUCUCAAGGACAUGAUGCUCGCUAUUUCUGCAGCAUCUGGGGAUAUUGCGCUCUUCGAAAAGCCGAUGCUUACACCGGCAUUGCUACUCAGACAAACUCACGAUCUCUUGCCAAGUGCACUUAAAGCUGCCAUUGUCGCGGACCAGUAUACCAUCCUUGAACGCAUUCUAGAAUAUCUUGUGGAAAACGUCAAGGGCAAGCGGGACUCCGGAUCAUGGAAAGAUAUGCGGAAUGCUGCCCAGAAGAUUGGCAAGGCGUUGUGCAUGGCCAUACGCUUACACAAGAACGUUGCUGGAAACCUGCUUUUCGACUUCCGUGACAAGAAUGAGCUCUUCGCGAGGUUUGCUCCCGAUGAACUGGGCAAUUGGCUUGUCAACGAUGCUAUCGAAUACUGCAAUAUAGACCUAUUGUAUCGUGUUCUGGAGGUCGACCAUCCCGGAUUCGUAGCCCAUGUUGACGGGGGAUCCAACGGAUUCUAUGAUCUUACUAGUCAAACUAUGAAGACUCUGUGCAGAAGAGGAAGAACUGAAAUGUGGGAGAUGCUACUCAAAGAUGGUAUCGUCGGACCAAACAAAGUCUACUUUAACAAAACACCACUACAGUACGCUCUUCAGAGACGACGAUACGACAUUGCGAAUAUCCUCAUCGAAAACGGUGCAGCGAUCGACGGUAUCACUCCAGACGGGCAUACGAUCCUGUGGCUGGCGUCGAAUGAAGGGCACACAAAGGAUGUUGAGUUUCUGCUCAAUCAAGGCGCGGAUCCCAAUUCCUGUGGGAAGGGCGGCAUAUCUGCGAUUUCGGCUGCGAUGUCAUCAGGAUAUAGCAAAUGUCUUUUCUUGCUUGAGGCAGUAAGGGAUCACGGAAAGGAGUAUCUCAAACGCCCCGAUCUAUGGGAUGUAUACAAGUUUGAGAAAUUCGGGUUUUACAUGAAAUUGUUGGAUCUUCCAACAGAACUAAUCGAACGUAUAAUCGGCUUCUUUGUUAGAGAUACAGGACCGUUGUACGUAUCAGACUACCGACUUGUCUGCAAGCUAUUCGCCCAUGAGAUCCAAGAAGAGAUCUUGAAACGACAACCGCUCAUCGUGUACUCAACAGAUGAGCUCAGACUACCCAAUCCAGUGAACCGCCACAUCUUCAUCGCGACAGAUAAUGCGAGAUUUGAGAAGCUUUUUGCUCAGCAUGGCGGCACGAUCAUAAGUCAUGAAGUCUUUCGACGGCAGAAAGCGCCGUUGCCGAUAGUCGAAUACCUGCGCAAACUCGUUAAUGCUUUACCGAAGCCUGAAAAGAGUCAGUUUGCGGAUGAUCUAUGGAAAAAAUACACGAUACAAAUUUGCACAGCUCUAUCUAGUGUAUACUACAAACAACUCCGCUGGCGCCUGUUCCUGCACGACUACUCUGAAAUUCGAGAGCCAGAUAUUGCAGAUGACCUACCCGCAGCACUAGCCGCGACAGGGAAACUGCAAGAGCUCCUAGAUCUCGUUUCGGGCAACCCAGAUCGUUUGAAAGAAAGCUGCUCUUGCCUUUCGAGCCCUCUAGAGGCAGCUGCAUCAUGUGAUCAAGUGCACAUAGUCAAAGCCAUUUUAGAUAUCUUCUCAACCCACAAUUUCGAAACGGAUAAGAUGUCCCAACACUUCUGGCCUUACCGAAACGAUGCGAUUCACAAACGUGUGAAGAGAUCUGGACUAACUGCUGCGAUCCGCAAAGGUGCGAAGGAAUCUGGAAACAUUCUACUUGAUAAAUGCUUUCCUUCCGCGCGACCACACAGGUCCAGCUGGACUCAAUUGACCAAGGAAGUGGCAAGGUAUACUGACAAAGGCUUCAUGAAGAGAGUGUUAGAAGCACCCAAGUACAACGUCGGGAACAGAAGGGGAUUAGAGAAAAUUGAUGCCGUUCAGGUGCUGAAGGAAGGAAGUUGUUCAGUUCUACGCGCUGUCAUUCAGGAUGGUUACCUGGAUCCCAACGAAGCAAUUUGCGAUGUCACACCGCUUGCUUUGGUGAUAAACUUCCACCGCUACGACCUCGCUCGGGUACUUAUCCAACACGGUGCCUACGUUGAUGGCGUACCCAAUACUGGAAAACCUGUGACCGCGUUGUGGCACGCAGCUAGAGCGGGUUAUCGGGGAUAUGGAGACGAUGUCUUGCCUGGAGUAAAGUUUCUUAUCAGAAAUGGAGCAGAUCCUGAUUUUGGAGGGGACUGGAGAUCUCCGCUUCAAGCUGUGGAAGAGCUGUGGCCCGACGUGCAGUAUCUCUUACGACAGGCAAAAGACUAUGGCCAGGACGUGGCGCUAAGCCCGGAAACAUGGAGAAAGUACGAAGAGAGACCUGUAAGGGAUACACUUGUCGUUGUUGACCAAAACUCGUCUUGUGGAGUUAGUGAACGCAUAAGAUUGUGGGAAUCAGACCAAGAAUGA